GCUGUAGGAUUGUAUGCCCCGAACUAUCGAGUAAGGUUUUUGUAAUAAAACAUCAAUUACCAGGUUUUUGUUUGUUUUAACCUAGCACACGGACCAGAGGCGUCUGUGUAGGCGGCGCUGUGGUUUAUAUAUGACCACUGAGACCCGGAAGAGCAGGAGAAAGACCGUACAGGAAGUCGGAAACAUCUGAUAAACAUCCGACAUGAGAAGCAAACAGUGAAGUUCUGUUGUUAUUAUCAGGUCAUUGAAGCCGUUCCUUAUUUUAAGUGCAGUUUUUAAACCAGUCAGGUUCCCGCGUCAGCUCAGGGAUCAGAUGAAGGACACGCUGCAGCUCGUGCACAGACUGAGCGCGCACCCGGACUCGCGCUGCUGGUACGUAGCGUGGAGCCCCACGGGCGCGCUGCUGGCUUCCUGCGGGGGAGACCGAGCUAUACGGAUAUGGGGCAAAGAAGGAGAGAGCUGGCAGUGUAAGUGUGUGCUGUCAGAUGGACACCAGCGAACUGUCAGGAAGAUCUCCUGGUCACCCUGUGGGAACUUUCUCGCAUCCGCUAGCUUCGAUGCCACCACGUGUAUCUGGAAAAAGAAGGAUGACGAUUUUCAAUGCCUUACAGUGUUAGAGGGACAUGAAAAUGAGGUGAAGUGUGUCGCAUGGGCUCCAUCUGGUAACUUGCUAGCCACCUGCAGCAGAGACAAGAGUGUUUGGAUAUGGGAAGUGGAUGAAGAGGAUGAGUAUGAGUGUGUGAGUGUCUUAAAUUCUCACACACAGGAUGUAAAACAUGUAGUUUGGCAUCCCACACAAGAGUUACUUGCCUCAGCCAGUUAUGACAACAAAGUGUGUAUUUAUAAAGAAGAGGAUGAUGACUGGGAAUGCCGGGCAACCUUAGAAGGACAUACGUCAACAGUGUGGAGUCUUUCAUUUGACCCUGAAGGACAGCGGUUAGCCUCCUGUAGUGAUGACCGCACUGUAAAAAUAUGGAAGGAGUGUGCAGCAGAUGAUGAAUCCGUCGAUGGUUCAUGGAAGUGUAUUUGCACCUUGUCUGGCUUUCACAGCCGUACAGUGUAUGAUGUCUCAUGGAGUCGUCUUAAUGGUGCUCUGGCUACAGCUUGUGGAGAUGAUGGAGUUCGUGUUUUUAAGGAGGAAGCAGCCUCUGAUCCUGAGCAGCCCGUGUUUUAUAUAUCUGCUCACGUGCCCAAAGCGCACAGCCAGGAUGUUAACUGUGUGGCCUGGAAUCCAAAGGAAGCAGGUGUGCUGGCUACAUGCAGCGACGAUGGAGAAAUCGCUAUCUGGAACUACCAAUCAGAUGAUUAAAACAUUGAGAGUAAAUAUUCUCCGUGAGUGCUGCUUUUUCUCCAUAAAGCACUCAGAUUUAAAAGCAAUAGUGUUUUUGUUCAAGAUUUAGAUACCAUUCAACUGUUCAAGUCUGUUUUAGGUCUAUUAAUAUAAUGAAUAAAUUGUAUACAAAAAUAUAAAUGACUCAAUCAGGAAGCGCUGGCUCAAAAGUAGGCUCAUUGGCUCUUUAUUCAAAUGAUGUUAACUUUGCAUAUAUAAAUUAAUUUAAAAAAUUUAUGGUCAUUGGAUUUACACUGGAUGUAAUGAAUAUGAGCUUUAUAGUGUGUGACAAAAACCUGUAUUAUCAGUAAAAAAUUAAUCCAUGAGAAUAUCGGAAAUUUGACAUUUCGUUCUAAAAACAGAAUACAUUAGCAGUUAUUUGUAAUGAAGAUGCGUUUAUUAUUAGUUUCUGGUCAACUUGGGAUUGAAUUAUGAUUUCCUGCCUUUCUUGCGCAAGGAUUGGCCUUCUCCCGAGAAUGCAAUGAAGCUAGUGGAAGAGUCCUCCUGUACACAAAGAACAAAAUAUGUGACAAUAGAACAUCUAAUGAAUUGAUAAAAGUAUAUUUUACUUUGUAUUUUACAGACUUCUCAAACUUAAUCAUUCCAUGUAUGUGACUGACUAUAGUGUGGAUAAAUGAUUGUGAUGCAAAUGAUCAAA